GCGCUCUGCUCUGUGCAGUGUGAGCGCUUCCUUAGCGGUGCUGUUGGCGGAGCUCGUGUUAAAUUAGUACGGAUGUUAAAAUGACACGUGGUCGAUUCUUUCAGAAAUUGCCUUAACUUCUUUUAAAGUCCCGGUUCUCGUUUUUUCCGUUCAUGUAUUAUUUUAAUCCAUGUCAAAAUAUAUCUACAGUUCAAGAUCUGAAGUUAUGACCUUUAAACGACACCUUAAAUAUAAAUUUAUCCAUGGCUCAUGAUUAUGUUUCAAAAGUACCUAUUUAACCUGAUAACAGUCCAUUUUUAACAUAGAGAAUCAGAUUCCGAAAACCCCGAGUCGCCUUCCCCCCAGCUGAGCGUUCCGUGUCAUUUCUCAUAACGCCUCUGCUAAAAUAAUUUGGUGAAGCAAGUCUAAUAACUGAGCUGGUGCCGUCUGUCAGUCCACACCGUCGGCCGGAGUAAUAUCACGCCCCUCCCCUUUGGGUCUGGAAUAAUCUGUAAUUUACAGAAGAUACAAUGGUGCAAUAAUCCGAAACGAUCGGCUAAGGAAAGACCAGGUGGGGAAACCACCAGACAAACUGGGCUGCACUUUGCUUUUGUGGCGGUUUCAGUAAUAUUUGGUUUACACGACCGAUACCGACGCAAUACUUUGCGGCUGAAGCGCAAGAUGCCGGAAUCGUCCAGAAAAUAGGACUUUAACAGUUUACAGCAUUUUGGGGGACGUCGGACGCGACACGCCGAGAGCAAAAAGGUGAGCCAUGACGGAGUACAAGCUGGUGGUUGUGGGGGCUGGUGGCGUGGGGAAGAGCGCCCUCACCAUCCAGCUUAUCCAGAACCACUUCGUGGACGAGUACGACCCCACCAUCGAGGACUCCUACAGGAAGCAGGUGGUGAUUGACGGGGAGACAUGCCUAUUGGACAUCCUGGACACGGCAGGUCAGGAGGAGUAUAGCGCCAUGCGAGACCAGUACAUGAGGACUGGGGAGGGCUUCCUCUGUGUCUUCGCCAUCAACAACAGCAAGUCCUUCGAGGACAUUCACAACUACAGAGAGCAAAUCAAGAGGGUGAAGGAUUCUGAGGACGUCCCCAUGGUGUUGGUGGGCAACAAGUGUGACCUUCCAUCGCGGACGGUGGACACCAAGCAGGCCCAAGACCUGGCCAGAAACUACGGCAUCCCCUUCAUAGAGACGUCGGCCAAAACCAGACAGGGCGUGGACGACGCCUUCUACACACUAGUGAGAGAGAUCCGGAAGCACAAGGAGAAGAUGAGCAAGGAGGGGAAGAAGAAGAAGAAGAGAUCAAAGGCCAAGUGCACGCUCCUGUGAAUGAGGAGACGGCGGGUGCCGAGGGAGAGCGCCUCGUCCUGCAGGGCGGCCUGCCUUCCUGCCUGCGGGGCGGCCUGCCUUCCUGCCUGCGGGGCGGCCUGCCUGACUGACUGACUGACAGCUGUGUGUCUCUCUGCUUUAUACUAAACUAUAAGCCACUAUGGAAAUUAACCCCACCCCACGCCCCCACCACUCAUUGCAUCCCCCUCAGCGGUGUCACUCCAUGCAGGGGACUGACCCCCCACCCCCAGGUUUGGGUGGUUUUGGUGGGGGGUGUGACCUAUCUCCCCAGCCUCAAAUGCAAUGCAACUUUAUCCAUAGGAGGCUGGAUGUGGUGUAAGCAUCACACUGCAAGACUGAUAAAAGGGGAAAAAACAAGUUACUGAUACUCAAAGGCUUGUUUUUAAAGUCGAAUGAUUAAGUUCUCAUUUUUUUAAAUAGUUUUUAAUGAUGGCAGCAUCUGUGCUUUUUAAAGCAAGGUGCCAAAGAGCACAUGAGGUCAAAAUGCUGGGGAUGUUAAGGAGAGCUCCCACUAGUGCUGGGGAUGUUAAGGAGAGCUCCCACUAGUGCUGGGGAUGUUAAGGAGAGCUCCCACUAGU